UCUUUUUCUUAACAUUAUUUAUGUAAAGAUGAAAACUAAUAUCAACCGUUGAUGCAUCAGUGAAGCAAUAAAGAACGUACGCGUGGCGUUCCACUCGGCGAUGGUGUGUUUGUUAACCCCACUACGAUUCAUAUAUACACAAAAACAAGUCGCCUUCCUUCUCAACAUUUACUGAAACUGCCACUGUUCUCGACUCGCCGAUCUCGGUGGUGUCAUUUUCUCCCGGCGGAUAUUCUCAUCCGAAACCUCCGGUAGCGAUUCACUGAGCUUAUACACAACAUGCCGGUGGUUUCUCUUGCUAAGAUUGCUGCUUCCCCGGCCGUGACGGCGGGAGAUUUCACCGUUCGCGUUCCUUGCAUUUACGGGAAACGACUCUUGUCCAAUCGCGUCUCCUUGCGUCGGAGCUCUGUAAGUCAUCGCGUGAGAAGCGAAUUGCAGAGUCCCCGCGUCCUUGGCUCCGUCACAGAUUUAUCGUUGGAUAAUUCCGUCGAGAAUGGUCACCUUCCCAAGGGAGAUUCGUGGGCUGUACACAAGUUCGGAGGGACCUGUGUUGGCAACUCUGAGAGGAUCAAAGAUGUUGCUGAUGUUGUAGUUAACGAUGGAUCCUCGAGGAAGCUGGUGGUUGUUUCUGCAAUGGCGAAGGUUACCGAUAUGAUGUAUGAUCUCAUCCACAGAGCACAGUCUCGGGAUGAUUCUUACCUCUCUGCUUUGGAUGCUGUUCUUGAAAAGCACCGAGCAACGGCUCUUGAGUUGCUUGAUGGAGAUGAACUCGCCAGUUUCUCGGCUCGGUUGCAUAAUGAUAUAAACAAUCUCAAAGCUAUGCUCCGUGCCAUUUACAUAGCUGGUCAUGCAACAGAAUCUUUCUCGGACUUCGUUGUGGGUCAUGGAGAGUUGUGGUCUGCUCAGAUGUUAGCUGCUGUUGUGAGAAAGAGUGGAUUGGACUGCACAUGGAUGGAUGCAAGGGAUGUCCUUGUUGUUGUUCCUAAUAGCUCUAGUCAAGUUGAUCCUGACUUUGCGGAAUCAGAAAAGAGAUUGGAAAAGUGGUUUUCUCAGAACUCGGCGGCAAAGAUUAUCAUCGCAACUGGAUUCAUAGCCAGUACACCGGAGAACAUUCCAACGACUCUCAAGAGGGAUGGGAGUGACUUCUCUGCAGCUAUAAUGGGUGCUCUGUUUAGAUCUCACCAACUCACAAUCUGGACAGAUGUUGAUGGUGUAUACAGUGCAGAUCCAAGAAAAGUUAGUGACGCCGUUAUACUGAAGACUCUUUCAUAUCAAGAGGCCUGGGAAAUGUCUUACUUUGGAGCUAACGUUUUACAUCCUAGGACCAUCAUUCCAGUUAUGAAAUAUGACAUUCCAAUUGUUAUAAGGAAUAUCUUCAACCUCUCUGCCCCUGGGACAAUGAUAUGUCGGCAGAUUGAAGAUGAAGAUGGAUAUAAACUAGACGCUCCUGUCAAAGGGUUUGCGACGAUUGACAAUUUGGCUCUUGUGAACGUAGAAGGAACUGGAAUGGCUGGUGUACCUGGUACUGCCAGUGCCAUUUUUUCUGCUGUCAAGGAAGUUGGGGCCAAUGUGAUUAUGAUUUCACAGGCUAGUAGCGAGCAUUCUGUGUGCUUUGCUGUACCUGAGAAGGAAGUGAAAGCCGUUUCUGAAGCAUUGAACUCACGAUUUCGUCAAGCUUUAGCUGGUGGACGCCUUUCCCAGAUUGAAAUUAUCCCUAAUUGUAGCAUCUUAGCAGCAGUUGGCCAGAAAAUGGCGAGCACCCCUGGCGUUUCUGCCACCUUUUUCAAUGCGCUGGCAAAGGCCAAUAUCAACAUCCGUGCUAUAGCUCAAGGUUGCUCCGAGUUCAACAUUACCGUGGUCGUCAAACGUGAAGAUUGCAUUAGAGCAUUAAGAGCAGUGCACUCAAGAUUCUACCUUUCGAGAACCACAUUGGCAGUGGGAAUCGUAGGACCGGGUUUAAUCGGUGGAACCUUACUUGAUCAGAUUAGAGAUCAGGCUGCAGUGCUAAAAGAAGAGUUUAAGAUUGACUUGCGUGUUAUAGGGAUCACUGGCUCAAGUAAAAUGUUGCUGAGUGAAUCGGGAAUCGACUUAUCAAGAUGGAGAGAAUUUAUGAAGGAAGAGGGAGAGUCGGCUAACAUUGAGAAGUUCACCCAAUAUGUGAAGGGAAAUCAUUUCAUUCCAAACUCUGUUAUCGUUGAUUGUACGGCUGAUGCUGAUAUUGCAAGCAGUUAUUACGACUGGUUGCUGAGAGGAAUUCAUGUGGUCACCCCGAACAAGAAGGCUAACUCAGGACCACUUGAUCAGUAUCUAAAGAUAAGAGAUCUUCAAAGAAAAUCGUACACACAUUACUUCUAUGAAGCAACCGUUGGAGCUGGUCUUCCAAUUAUCAGCACUUUACGUGGUCUUCUCGAGACAGGGGAUAAAAUACUGCGCAUUGAGGGAAUUUUCAGUGGGACUUUAAGUUACCUUUUCAACAAUUUUGUGGGCAACAGAAGCUUCAGUGAUGUUGUAGCAGAAGCAAAGCAGGCAGGUUUCACAGAGCCAGAUCCACGAGAUGAUCUAUCUGGAACAGAUGUCGCCAGAAAAGUGACGAUUCUUGCAAGAGAAUCAGGAUUAAAACUGGAUCUUGACAGCCUUCCAGUCCAGAGUCUUGUGCCAAAGCCUCUACAAGCUUGUGCAUCAGCGGAAGAGUUCAUGCAAAAGCUACCUCAGUUUGACGAGGAAUUGUCCAAACAAAGACAAGAGGCUGAAGCAGCAGGAGAGGUAUUGAGGUACGUCGGAGUUGUUGAUGCGGUAGCAAAAAAGGGAAAAGUGGAGUUGAAACGGUACAAGAAAGAUCAUCCGUUUGCUCAGCUCUCGGGUGCUGAUAACAUCAUCGCUUUCACAACCAAGCGGUACAAAGAACAGCCUUUGAUUGUUCGUGGACCUGGUGCUGGUGCUCAAGUCACUGCCGGUGGAAUCUUCAGUGACAUUCUCCGCCUUGCUUUCUAUCUAGGCGCUCCGUCUUAAGUCACGCUUUGUUUCUUUUAGGAACAAAUCUAAUGAUCAAAACAAUGUUUCUUAUAAGCUAGCAUCUGUUAUCUGCGUUUCAGAAUUUGAUUCUUAUAGAAGAAAUCAAACUUCAAUGGAAUAAAACAUUAAACAUCCUUA